CCAUCACCACAUUUUAUCUGUAUCACUAUCAGUGAUUGCGUUAAUGGCUGUGAAAGGUGUCGGAGUUAAGGAUGGAAGCAGCAGCAGGCACGUGACCGGUGUUAAGGAGGUGCACUUUAGGGGAGUGAGGAAGCGGCCGUGGGGUCGUUACGCCGCCGAAAUCCGCGACCCGGGGAAGAAGAGCCGGGUGUGGUUGGGCACAUUUGACACUGCGGAGGAGGCGGCGAGGGCUUAUGAUGCCGCGGCCAGGCAGUUCCGGGGGCCUAAAGCCAAGACUAACUUCCCCUUGCCGUCGGAGAAUCACAGCCCCAGUCACAGCAGCACCGUGGAGAGCUCCGGAAGUGAGGCCGGAGCUCACGCGCCCCAAGCUCCCCGCGAGCUUGAUCUCACGCGCCGCCUCGGUGUCGGUGGGAAGGUCGAGGUUGGAUCUGUCAAUAACGGGCUUCCGUUUGCCCAUAAGCAGCCGGCGGUGGCGAUUCUGCCAAACGGCCAACCGGUCUUGCUGUUUGACACCGUGUGGCGGCCUGGCAUGGUGAACCAGCAACAGGCGUACCGGUUUGAACCGGUGGCGGUUCUGCCCAAAUGCGCCGCAGGCGGCGGCGGCGGCGCCCACAGCGACUCCGACUCAUCCUCCGUGGUGGACGAGAGCCAUUUCGACGGCGGGCUUGCCAAGAAAGGCCUGAAUCUCGAUCUUAACCUGGCUCCACCCAUGGAAUCUUAACGAAGAAAAAUUGAUUUUUGUGAAACUAAUUACUUAUUUUCCUGUAUAUAAAUCUAGAUUCGGAUGACUGUUCUUUUUCAUGGCUCAGUUAUGAGAAAUGUCGCAGCUUUCUCUCGCUGUUUCGCGUUGUAACUCUUAGGAUUUUCUUGAUUCAAUGAAACUGAAAAUCUUUUCUCC